GGAGGUGCAUCCUGGGAAAUCCACCAACAUGGGGCGAAGCGGCCGCCGCCGCCGCCGUGAGUCCCGGCCGCGGAUGCCGCCGCUUCCCUGACGCCCGGCUGGGGCCUCGCCGCGCGCCGCGGCCUGGGUUCCCCCGGCAGAGACCGGCCAGCGCGCCCUCCGCUCGUCCGCCCGCCGGGGCCAUGUGAAGGGGCAGCUCCCUCCGCCACCGCCUCCUCCUCCUCUUCCUCCCCCCGCCCCCUCCCUCCCCUCCCGCCCCCCAUACACAGGGCCCUAGAGGAGCCCCCACUGCAGCCCGCCCUCCCUACGCAACCCCCACGAUGGACAGGAACUACGCGACCUCCGGCUUCGCGGACCCGCCGCCGCCGCCCGCGCCCCCCGCCGCCCCCGCCACUGCCAGCGCCGCCGCACCACCCCCCGCCCCCGCCUGGGCCUACGAACCCCGAGCCGCGGCGGCCGCCGCCGCCGCCAGCAGCAGCGGCAGCAGCGGCAGCAGCCCCAGCCUCAAGGCCAGUUUAAGCUAUGAAGAAGGACAUCCCUCACACUCUGAAGCAGAUCUCCUUCAGAGACAGACUUUUGCCGCCCCUCAUCAGCUUCCUGGAUAUGCUACCACACCUCAGCCAACUGGUCUUUCUGGAAUAUUUGAUACUAGUGUGAACAGUGCCAGCACUAACACUAAAGAAUCUUCAGUGAUGAAUUUUCUCUCUGCUGUUGAAUCCCGAACUGCUCAGGCUGCUUCUUCAGGAACUACUCUUUUACCACAAUUCAGGGCUCCAUCCUGGCAGACAGGUAUGCAUUCCUCAGCAGCAACUGAGCUGUUUGUUACUGGAUCUUUGCCAACCACUGGAACACUUCCAUCCUCUGCCCUCUCUGCUUAUCAGCAUCCCACCACCUUCAGCAAUAGGAACUUUGCUACCACCUCUCCUUUGGUGCUUCAGGAUUCAUCUUUUAACACUACAUCAAAUGGAAUUUUAAAUCCUCAUGACCCUUUGCUACAAAUCAAGACUUCCCAGGGAACUGUUCCAACUGCUUUGGCAUUUGAGCGCCUGGGCAGUUCUGCGUUAAGUAACAGCAUACCACCUCAGUCUUCAACAUAUCGCUCAGCUCAAGAGUCUGCACCCCAUCUUUUACAACCUCAAUUUAGUUUGUUGCCUUCAGCACUUGGGGGAGCCCAGCAAACUCCUCAAGCCUACAGCUCAGCUCUCUUUACUAGUUCUACUGCUGCCAUUGAAAGAGCUCUUCUUCGAGAAUGUAGUGUUAUUAAACACCAUCAGCGGCCUUCAGGUACCCAGUCUAUUCAGGCACAACUGACUGGUUCACAGCAUUCCUUACAUAGCUAUCUAUCAAAUGCAAGUGUCGUUAAUUUUCAGGAAACAAGCAGACAGUCAUCCUUAUCCUGUAGCCCAAUUGGAGAUUCUACUCAGGUGAGCAAUGGAGGACUACAGCAGAAGACCUCCCAGGUGUCAGUGGAACUUGCUCAGUCUUACUCAUCUGCAAUUCCAUCAUCAGGGUUUCCUCCUUCUACGAAAGGAAAAAGCUGUUCUACAAAACAACCACUAACAUCAACUAAGACCCCCAAACCUCAAAGUAUAAUUCCUCCUGUGCAAACAUUAAGCUAUUCCAAACCUUUACAUAAUCAGAGUUCGGUAAUAUCGGGCCAAGCACAGAUUUAUUCUACAGCGCAGCUACCAAGCCUUUUAUCAGUCAGUCAGUCCCAGAAUUACGGUUUAGGACAGCCACACAGUGUGCCAUCUAUUGUUCAUUCACAGGUUUAUAGGUCCAACAAAGUGGAGAAGUUGCCAUCCUUAUAUAAAACAUUGACUUUUUCUGGAUCAUCUCAGACUAUAACUUCGGAAAAUCAGACCCUUAACUAUUCUUCUAAUCAACAGGAAGUAUUAUCUUCAGUUACAAGUGAGAACUACCCUGCUCAAACAAGAGAUCUAUCUUCAGUUAGUCAGUCUCAAAGUUAUUCAUCUAGUCAUUCUCAGGGUUUGUCACCAGUCAGCCAGACACAGGUUAGUUAUUCAUCUCAGUCACAAGUGUUGUCAGUUGUUAGUCCCUCAGAAAGCUACGCUUCAGGGCAGUCCCUAACAUUAACAGCCCCUUCUCUUUCUUAUUCUUCCACCUCUCGGGCUCAAAAUUUGUCAGAUUCUAGCCCAACCCAGAAUUAUAUUUCUAUGCACUCUUCCCAAAAUGCUCAGACUCAAGGGUCAUCCUCUCCCCAGUCCCAAAAGUUUUUGCCUGCUGUCCAGUCAUCAUCUUUUGCAUCCUCCACUCACUGUCAGACAUUACAGAACAACAUACCUUCCCCUGAUCCAAAGUCUUAUGCUGAAAGAAAACUUGACUCAAAUGUGUAUACAUCUUCAAAGCAAGAAGAGGAUUUUCCAAUGCAGGAGUUACAGGUAUUACAGCCACAAGUAUCUCUUGAGUCAUCGACCCAAAGGCUAUCUGAUGGAGAAAUUAAUGUUCAAGAAUCAGCUUACAAGGUGUCAAAGGCAGAGGACAGAUAUUCUCAGAGUGUAAUCCGAAGUAAUUCUCGUCUUGAGGAUCAGGUUGUUGGGAUUGCCCUACAAGGGUCAAAAAAAGAAGAAAGCAUGGUUGGUUCAGUGACACAGCUUACCCAACAAAUUGGCCAGGUCAGUGCAGCAGCCCUUGAUAUAAAGAAGGCAACUAAUUUAAUGCAAACUCCACAAAUAAGAUUGAAUGCUAAAGACCUCAGCCAGCAACAUCCUCUUAUACACAAGGUACAUGAAGCCAAGGUCCAGGAGCAACAUGAUCAAAUAAUUAAUGCUUCAUCUCAGAUUCAAAUUCCAAAUCAUUCUUUAGGGCAUGGCCAUCAGGCUUCUCUUCCCAAUACACAGGUUCUUUUAGAUUCUACCUGUGAUCUACAGAUUCUUCAGCAGUCAAUACUGCAGGCAGGUUUAGGGCAAGUAAAGGCAUCUUUACAAGUACAGCGUGUUCAGAGUCCUCAACAGAUAGUACAUCCUUUCCUUCAGAUGGAUGGUCAUAUUAUUCAGAGCAAUGGUGAUCAUUCUCAGCAGCAACUCCAUCCUCAAACUUCUGAAAUCAUGAAAAUGGACCUCUCUGAGUCUUCAAAACCAUUACAACAGCAUCUAACAACAAAGGGCCAUUUUAGUGAAACAAAUCAACAUGAUUCAAAGAAUCAUUUUGUUUCUCUUGGAUCAAUAUGUUUCCCAGAGGCAAUGCUUCUCAGUGAUGAGAGAAAUAUUUUAUCAAAUGUAGAUGAUAUCUUAGCAGCUACAGCAGCAGCUUGCGGGGUUACUCCCUCUGAUUUUUCCAAGUCAACUUCAAAUGAAACCAUUCCAGCAGUUGAAGAUGGUGAUUCUAAAUCUCAUUUUCAGCCGUCGUUAGAUGUUGGGCAUGUGACUUCGGAUUUUAACUCCGUAACAACUGCGGUAGGAAAGCCACAGAAUAUAAAUGAUAUUUCCUUAAAUGGAAAUCAGGUCACCGUAAACCUUUCACCGGUACCCACCCUCCAGUCAAAAAUGACUCUCGACCAACAGCAUAUUGAGACUGUUCAAAAUAAAGUAUCUAAAGUAAUUUCACCAGUGGUCGGACCAAGUCAUGAAGCCCAGGAGCAAAGUUCUGGCUCAUUCAAGAAACAGUCUGCUACCAAUCAUGAAUCUGAAGAGGAUAGCGAAGUUCCUAUUGAUAAUACGUUAACUAAUAACAGAAGCCAAGAGUUUGUUUCUAGUAGGAGUAUAAGUGGAGAGAGUGCUGCGUCAGAGAAUGAGCUCACCGUAGCAGGUGAUGACAGCGCUGGGUCGGUGAACCCAGCCAGAAGUGCACUUGCACUGUUGGCCAUAGCCCCACCUGGGGAGCCCAUCGGUGUCAAGAUUGAAGAAGAAAACCAAGACUUGAUGCAUUUUCACCUGCAGAAGAAAAAACCCGGAAAGGGGCAAAUGAAAGAGGAAGACAACAGUAAUCAGAAACAGCCGAAAAGAACCUCCCAGGGCAAACGCCAAAAUCCAAGGGGAACAGAUGUGUAUUUGCCCUACACCCCUCCUUCCUCAGAAAGCUGUCACGAUGGUUAUCAGCACCAAGAAAAAAUGAGACAGAAAAUCAAAGAAGUAGAGGAAAGACAGCCAGAAGUCAAAACAGGAUUCAUUGCCUCUUUCUUAGAUUUUCUGAAAUCCGGGCCCAAGCAGCAGUUUUCCACUCUUGCCGUCCGAAUGCCCAACAGGACUAGGCGACCAGGGACCCAGACUGUUCGCACACUGUGUCCCCCGCCGCCUCCAAAGACUUCUUCUACGACACCCACAUCUUUGGUGUCUGAAACUGGGGGUAACAGUCCAUCGGAAAAAGUUGAUAAUGAACAUAAAAACUUGGACCAUUUAUCUUCAUUUUCUUCUGAUGAAGAAGAUCCUGGAGCGUGCAGUCAUGAUAUUUAUAAGAACACCUCUACUACCUUAGCUACGGAUGCUACUUCUGACAAAAAGAAGAAAACAGUUUCAGAAGCCCUCCGGGUGGCAACUACUAGCCCAACUGCCAAUACUACUGGUACUUCUACUACUUCCUCCACCACUGUGGGUGCAGUUAAGCAAGAACCUCCCUGCUCUACUUCAUCUGCAGUAAAUACCCUGGAAAAUAUAAACUCUACAGAACCCCCAAAGCCCUGCGAACUUGAUGGUCUUCCUUCAGACCAGUUUGCAAAAGGACAGGACACUGUUGCCAUAGAAGGUUUUACAGAUGAGGAAAACACAGAAAGUGGAGGGGAAGGCCAGUACAGAGAGCGUGAUGAAUUUGUGGUGAAGAUAGAAGACAUAGAGACUUUUAAGGAGGCUUUAAAGACAGGAAAAGAACCCCCAGCUAUUUGGAAAGUACAAAAAGCUUUAUUACAGAAGUUUGUUCCUGAAAUUCGAGAUGGACAAAGAGAAUUUGCUGCUACCAAUAGUUACCUUGGGUAUUUUGGAGAGGCAAAGAGUAAAUACAAAAAGAUAUAUGUGAAGUUCAUUGAAAACACAAACAAAAAGGAAUAUGUCAGAGUGUGUUCCAAAAAGCCACGAAGUAAGCCUUCACAAACUAUCAGAACUGUUCAGGCUAAGCCAAGUAGUAGCAACAAAACUUCUGAUCCUCCAACACCAAAAACUACAACUACAAAAGCCCCUUCCGUGAAACCCAAAGUUAAACAGCUGAAAGUAAAGGCUGAGCCACCACCAAAGAAACGGAAGAAAUGGAAAGAAGAGUUUUCGUCAUCCCAGUCUGACUCCUCUCCUGAGAUCCAUUCUAGUAGUAGUGAUGAGGAGGAAUUUGAUCCUCCAGCUCCCUUUGUCACUCGUUUUUUGAAUACAAGAGCAAUGAAGGAAACCUUUAAGAGCUACAUGGAAUUGCUUGUUAGCAUUGCUUUGGACCCUGACACAAUGCAAGCCUUAGAGAAGAGCAAUGAUGAGCUACUUUUGCCUCAUAUGAAAAAAAUAGACGGCAUGCUGAAUGAUAACCGAAAGAGACUUCUUUUGAAUCUUCAUUUGGAUCAGUCAUUCAAGAAUGCUUUGGAAAGCUUUCCCGAACUAACGAUAAUUACUCGAGACUCUAAAGCAAAGAGUGGGGGUUCUACUAUCUCUAAAAUCAAAAUGAACGGCAAAACUUACAAUAAGAAGACUCUAAGGACUUCUAAAUCAACCACCAAAUCUGCACAAGAAUUUGCUGUUGAUCCAGAGAAAAUACAGCUGUAUUCUUUGUAUCAUUCACUCCAUCAUUAUAAAUAUCAUGUUUAUCUGAUAUGUAAAGAUGAGAUUUCUUCUGUGCAGAAAAGAAAUGAAGACUUAGGACAGGAAGAAAUUGUUCAACUUUGUAUGAAAAAUGUAAAAUGGGUGGAAGACCUAUUUGAAAAAUUCGGAGAACUUCUAAAUCAUGUACAGCAGAAAUGUUCCUAACAUUUCCACAAAGGUUCCGUCUGUGUUAUAGCACUAAUGAACUGGCAGAGGCGGCGGGGGGGGGGCACGGGGGGGUAGGGUGCCCAAUAAGUGAAUGUCAGGCACACCUGCUUUGCUCAUAGAACUUACUGAUGACCUCUGCUCAAGGACAGUGGUGCUGCCCAGGAAGUCAGUCCUUUGGAAAUGGACCUAAAAUCCCACCACAUUUUUAUCCUAAUGAAUGAUUUUUCUAUUUUGUAAACCAUUGGGUAACUGAGUUUUAUUUUCAGAAAUGUUUUUUGACAAAUGAUGAAGCAUGCACUAAAUAUAAUUUUUCUUUAUUGCUAGAGAGAUAACACUUAAGUAACUUGAUUAUUUUUUUCCUGACUCUGACUAAACACCAGAACGAAAGAGAGGUGGCACCAAAUGCCUAUGUUUAUAUUCGUGUCUGGCCACAAAACAGAAAGUAUUGUACAUUAUGUAAACAGAUCUGGUGUGAUGUGACAUUUUGUAUGAGAAUAUCCUCAAUUUAAAAUAUGAAAUUCAGAAACUGCAUUCUGCUUUACGAACUCCUUUUACUCUUAACAUGUUCAGGAAACUGGAUGUGGAAUUGGUGCAAUUCUAGGACUGCUUUUUGUGUCAAAUUAUAUUGUAAUGAAAAAAACAAUGACAUACUAUUUUCCCUAUCUCAAAGAAAAGUAUUUUCCUUUAUACUGUUUUUUCCUUUGGAAAAAUUUUCAAUUGUACAUUUUAUUUCACUAAUAGUUGUAUUUUUCACAAGGAAAAUGUUGUGGUUAUAAUUAUGUUUGAUGUAUCUGUACUACACUUUUCAUUAUUUUCAGUAAAUCUUAUUUAGUUAUAUAUUGAAUUUCUAUUGUGAAUUCUAUCUUAAGGUAACCAUUUUUGUUUAUACAGAUUUGCUUCAGUGUUAUCCAGAAUAUGCAUUCAAUACUAGAAUUAGUGUAGCUUUAUAAGUGGAGUUGUGUUAGACACUGCAGUCAUUUUCUAAUUCAUGGAAAUCAAUUCCUUACUAAACUAGUACUUGAAUAACCGAUUUGUCAAAAUCAAAAUUAACCACCAUUAUACAUUUGGAAGAAUAAAAUUUAUAAUUAGGCUACAUGCAGUGUUAAACACAGCUUACCUGACACUUAGAACUGGAAGUGGUAGAACUCUCCUUUUGGUGCCUUUCCAACCUUUAUACAUGCUGUUGUAGCUUCCUUUAGUUUGAUAGCUAGUGUUUCCAGUAGUUUAGCUGAGACAGUGAAUGUAUUAGGUUCAACAUGACCUUUUGUUUUAUUUGUGUUUGCCAACAGGAUGCCUUAUUUGUUUGAGAAAAAAAGAUUUACUAGUGUCCUUCUUAAACGAUCUCCUUUUUUAGGAUUCUAAAGAAGUUGUUAAUCAUCAUACUUUUUAUUUUACCACCAUUUAGUGCCUUAAGUCCUAUCAAGAAAGCAGUGUUCCUGCUCAUUGCCCAAAUAAGACAUGCUUAUGUGGACAUUGCUAUUGUCUUGAUUUUGAGUUAACAGGCCAACUUCUUAUACUUAAAACCUUGGUAAACUGGCAAAAAAUUAAAGAUAAUAUGUGACUUGAUUUGAGAAUAAGACAUUGUAGCAUUGGGUAGGAAAUGAGUAUUUGAGUUAAGCUUACAUAUUUAUUUCUAAUGGUUAUCUUCUUAAAAGCAAUAAUCCUUAAUCCAACAAUCUUCAUACCUGCCAUUAGACAAGGUAAUAAUAGAAGUUUCUUUCAAUGGUUAAAUAUUCCGUUUCUGAAAGUUUAAACAG